AUGCGUGCGGUGAGGGAUGAAGAGAAGCGACAUACCGCCGAGGUGCCAGCGCCGUUGCGGAUUUGUGAAAUUGGGUCAGAAGUGCUCGUUACAGCCUUGACGAAACAGCAGCUCCAGUCACCCAAAUGUCGUUCUGACAACGCGGAAUUAACAGUGAGUUGUGCCAUAAGUGAGGUGCUGAACAGUGGCGUACAGAGCAGCCGCCCGACAUUGGACGCCCACUUGUACCUGCGACGUCGUGUUUCGGAGAUUGUUCAUCAAAUAAGGGGUGCCAGCAGUGCUCACCACUUCUACCGUCACGUAGUGGAAAUAGAUGAACUGCUGCGCUGCGAUGCACCCAUGGGUUUCACGCCAUCGAUGGUUCUUGCUGGGGUGUCUGAUAUCCUUUACCUUUUGUCUGACGCGGUCGAGAAAGGGUAUCUACCGUAUCCGAUGGAAUCAAGCACCAGCACGGUGCGGGCGCUUGCCCCGGUGCGUAGGGGUCCCGUUGCCACAGAGACUAUCAGGCGAGGCCUAAAUGCCGUACCACCGGCUACCACCAUGGGCGCUGCUGCCAGCUUCUUUACUCCACCGAUGGAAGAAAUUGAGGAACGAAAGAAGCCGCGAUCCUGUAUUGCUUCUAAAAGCGCUGCACGAGCGAGAGGAAAGAAUGACACCGGCGGCGGUGAAAUGGCGGCCGACGAUCUUUUGCCUUUCUUACCGCCACUGUUGCACCGCUCUGCGUCGCCAAAGCCAAUGGCAGCGUUGCCGGGAAGCACGGAGGAUGAAGUUGCCAUUUCUGCAGGAACAGACGGUCGUCGUCGUCCAACGGUACGGCUACAGUCGCAACAAAGUAAAGUGCGACCGUGCGAUAAAGUGGCACGCUCGCGCAAGCGAAUAGGAACGAGGAUGUCCACGACAAGCAGUGCUGUGGUGGGUGCUACGCAGUCACUGACCUGUUUGAGUUUGUUACCUGAGAAACAGCAGCAGCAAGAACAAACGGAACGGUCUGAACAUGAGUUAUCUCAUGGUUCAUUGGCUCCGCAUAUACCGAUACUCCGCGAUAUUCCCUCGGCGUUGCAGGCUUUGCUCUAUCAUUGCGCCCUUCCACUUGUUUGCCUGACGCCAGAGGAUCAACGUCAGCGCGCCACUGCCGUUCAUACUUUGGCAUCAGCGAUGGCAUCCAUGUUGCGCGUUAAGCUAGAGCCUGUAAAUGCGAACUUGUCGGUCUAUCCGACUGUUACAGCGGAGGUUAAUAAGAGCGUAGAUGAGGUUGAUCAUAACAAGGGGUGUGAACAGAAAAUGAAUGCGUCGGAGAUUAAUUUUCAAGAGAUCUCGCUUGGUAUUCGUCGCGCCGCACUCUCCUCUCUCAAUGCCCUUAUGACACAUCUUGAUGCAGAGGAACUGACAUGUGUCAACCAACAUUUUGCAUCACGCGAUAAAAAACGAUAUGAAACAACUGAUGCCGCGAGGUUGCUGCAUGCCACAUCGGGGGGAAAACGAUAUCAAGUGGGUGUCACCAACGGUCAGGCAUUUGAGAAUACAUCGAUUCCGAAGAAUUCACAGGGACCAGGAAGUGGUUCAUCAAUGGAUCAAAUAAUCCGCUCGGUUGAUUCUUACGUGAAGCCACCGCGUGAAUCGUCGGGGAAAGGACGCGUCCAGCGUACAGAACCGAUGAGUGUUUAUAAUGGUGCUGUUGCAUUGGAUGCUUUUUUGCCUCUUUUGGAGCGUUGGACGAUCAUCCUGCGUGCCGAUGUGCCAGAAAAUGCCUUGCUUGACUCCUCUCGUCUGUUUUACCACCACCCGGCUCUCGUGCAGGCAGGCGGCAUGGAAAAGAGGGAAGAGGAGGAAGAAAAGAAUAAUAUGGUAGUGGCCCUGACGACGGCGUUUGACGACGGUAUCAGCCCUUCGUUACAGAGGAACUCGGAAGGUUUUUUUGUGUUUGUAUCUAAAACCCGCAUGGCGGAUGUGGACGCUGAGGAGAUCUACUUGUUGUUGCGUGUUUGUUUCCAUCUCUCGACGUACAAACAGCAUGCACUUUAUCUGAUUGCUCCCGACGAAAGCUCUAAUGCAACAUACACAAGUCUGGCCGUCCUGCUUUGCCUGACAAUGGCUCGGUGUGCUGAGGGAGACAAAUGCCUCUCGUUGUGUGUGGAAUUUCUCUGGAACCUUCUGGAGGUUGUUCCGGAGGAGACCGUGUCGGCCAUUUUGCAACACGGCAUUCAGAGUGAAGCGUCGAAAAGGUAUGAAAAGGGUCGGCCCCUCUCUUCCUUGUCGGCAUGUGAGUCCCUGCUGUACUGUUUUAUUCAGAUCCUACUCACGGGAUAUCGAAUUCGUCAACGGGAGUUGCGCAACGAUAUGGUGUUGUUGUUCACUAUGAUUCUGAAGACUGACACGGCGGUACUCAUCAAGAAGAAGGAAACACUUCAGAAAUCCGCCGGCGCUGCGGCGUACACGCCAUUGCCACGAUCAACAAUAUACGCCAUCAAUGCCUUUGCAACUACGAUCUUUGACAUGGUGUGUGGACCGGAGUUGGGUGUAAACGGGAAAACGGCCCAAAUGGCACAGCGGCCCGCGGAGACCUUUUUGCGUUACCACACUGCACUUUCGCCAACAACACGCGUGGAAAAUUUGCAAUUUAAACUACUUGGAUGGCGAAUGUUAGAGACCUUUCAUGAAUGGCAAAAGGCUCGCCUUAUUUUGGAAUAUCUAUGCUGUGGAAAUGCGUGUGAGACGAGAGAUGUUGUCGUCGAUGACAACGCCAAUGGCCAUGAUGGUGUUGGUGAGCAGGGGAACGCGGAUGACACUUUGGUCUUUGAUGUCUGUCGUCAUGGUUUCAUCAAUGUGCUGCUCCUUUACGUUGAUUUGAUGUGCAGCGAAGAAGCUGUUGUGACCUGGACACGUGAGGAGUUGUUGACGUUGCAAAAAGAAGCCUGGUUUGUUCUUCUUGGAUUGAUGGAAUCGGCCGUGUUGUCAUCCUUCUCCUUCUCCCACGAUGACAAAGAAAGAAGCAACAUGUCGCUGCUGGCAUUACCUGCUAGCGCUGUAAACAGCAUGCGGGAGGAAGAAGUGGUGGCAAAACUUCCGCUGGUGAAGGCGGAUACCCAAUUUAUUGCGGCCGGCGGCAUCCAGUGCGCAUUGCAUUACAUCCGUGAUGUCACAACGAGAGAUGCUGAGGAGAUGAUGUGUCUUGCAGUAGAUGUGCUUUCAGUUUUAAGUCGGCACCCCGAGCACAGGUCUAAGAUGCUCGCCGCAACAACGGUGACUUCGCCGUCGACAUCGUCGCCUACCGAAAGCGACCCUUUGCUUCUGUUGGUUAUUCUGCAUGUCAUUGAGAAGGCUUUUCAGAGGGGAUCACCAGUAGAGGUGUUGCCGUCUACGCUUGCGUUGACGAGGGCCGAUACAAACUCUAAGCGUUUGAUGCACUCACGUAACACUCACCAUUUAGGGGGCAUUGGAUCUACGAGGAGUGGUGCCGGCAACGGUCAUUCACUGAUGCGGCGUAAAGGCAAGUCUGAGCAUUCACAACAUCGUGUUGAGACAGCGAUGAAGCCAUCAUUUACUGUGGCAGAAUCCAAAAUUAUCUCGGAGAGUAACGGGAAUGGGAAACACUGUUGCACGGCGUUUGAAACUGACGUCGUUACUCAAUGUCUUUCGCUAUUGAGUAACGUCGUUGUAGGAAAGAAGUCUGAAAUUUCCAUGACGCAGCAGGCCUUUCUUUCUUUAGGUGGCGUGCCACUUAUUCUUUCAUUGGUGCGAAAUUUAUUGGCGGCAUUCUGCUCUAAUUCUUUUUUUUCCUCCAAUGGGAGUGGAGGAAGGAAUGAGCUUCUUCUCGCCGUGCUUGGCUGCUUUCGGGCCUUCAUUCUUGGGAAUGAGGUGGCACAGAGGCAAUUUGUGCAUGAGGAUGGAGUACACGUGCUGCUUUCUCUCAUUGCCGUCUUUGUUGGUUGGUGGCAGGGGAAUUCUAUGAAAAUUCAUGAUGCGAGCGCCGCGGACGAUAUCUCACUGCUUGCCCCAACGUUGACAAUUCUUGCUGACCUUCUGCAUGAAAGUAAAGAGGCGCAGGAAGCGUUUUUGCAGUGGUCCACGUACAAAAUGCAGAGCCCAAAGGACAUGGAGGAUAGCGGCUGCACGAACGCGACACAGCUGUUGUUGCGCCUCUGGGAAGAGGAGGAGGAGGAGGAGAACUUGGCGCAAAUUACAAUGGACACUCCGCCUAAGGGAUUUGUGAAUUGGGGAGAUAACAUUGAAGACAACGACCCAUUCAACAUGGGGGAUUCGGAAAAAGGAGUGGUGACGGAUGUGCCGGAAGAGAAGAAAAAACGGCUGUCAAAUGACAGGGCGGAACCCGUGGCAGGGAGAAGGGAUUUGUUGGCGAAGGAAGUUGACAAAAGUUAUGGUGACUGCAACGAACCGGUGGUAUUGCCAAUCCUUCAUUCCGACCGGUGGGGCUUAGGUCUGAUUGGAAUCCAUGAUCGCAAUUCUGUCAAGACAGAACUUCAGAAUCGUCACAAGGAGCUGGAGGAUGUUGAUUUGGAGGAGGUUCACAGUGGAACGGCGCCCAAUGCGAUGACGCAACGAGCACGGCGACGGCUAGCUGCAUCGCUGCAUGGUGUGCUUGGGAUGCAUGCAAAGGUGUACGCAUGUCUUGCGGCAGUUGGUUUUGUUCGUCUCAUUCAUGUAAAAACGAGUGCAGUAGAACGAGUGAAACUUUUGCAUGCUGCCGCAUUGCCGUCGUUGUGCGAAGACGAAGUAUGGGGUGCCAUAGCUGAAUUAGUGGACUUGCAUAAUGACGCUGUCGUCCUUCCUUUGCAGAAAGAUGGCAAUGACCAGGGGGAUGGUGAGACCGAAACUCCUCCGCGAAGAGAUUUCCUUGUGAAUCCUAUCAUUCCAGAUUCCUAUCAGCUGGUGAAGGUAUUGCUUGACGUGGAGGCACGUGCGACAGAACUAAAACACCUUUCAAAGGUGUGCAUUCACACGCACAUAGCGCAGUGGGAUGAGGCGACGCAGCGGUUUCUUCUCUCACGGCUGCGGCAGGGGACUGAGAGCGUCAAUUUGACGACCCUGGUGCAGCAGGCACGCACUCGCGACAAUCCCAGCAGUCUCGGUAGAACAGGGAGCAUCCUUGACCACGUCAUGUCCCGCGUUGGGCAGCAUGAAACGAGACAUGUCGAACCCUUAGCCGCGUCGUCGAGCCUACCGAUGGGCACUGUGACGGGUAGCGGGAAGUUUUCGACGUCACGGCUGACGCUUUUGGAGAAGAGACGGAAGCGAGAUUCCAUGAUACGGAACAGUUUUCGAAGAAGCCAAUUUGCUGGCCUAGAGGGAAAGCUUCCUGCUGAUAAGGAAAUGUAA